AUGAUGCUGAUGUGUACAGCUAGACGUGCCCCCCAUCUCUCCACCCUUUUUCUUCCCCCCCCCCAACCCCCUCAACUCCCUCUCCCCCACCAGGUGGUGCGGGUGGAAGCCUGUGAGCGGCUCACCCUCAUCGCCCCCUGCGCUCGGAUCCGCAUAGCCAACUGCCGCGAGUGCGUCUUCUACCUCGGCUGCAACUCCCGCCCCGUCAUUCUCGGAGACAACCACUCGCUGCAGAUCGCACCCUACAACACCUUCUACCCCCGUCUCGAUUACCACCUCGCAAAGGUCGGGGUAGACCCUGCUGUGAACAAGUGGGACAUGCCGCUAGCGCUGGGAUCACUAGACGCUGCUGCUGCCGCUGGUGCUGCCGGUGCUGGUACUGCUGCUGGUGGCGCUGGUGGGUCGGCUGGUGUGGGUGGUGGUGGGGCGGGUGGAGUGGAAGGGGAGGGGGCGAAGGAGGGAGCGGCGGCCGCAGCACUUGAUACGGCGAUUCUGAUGCCUCCUGAGAAGUUUGUGCCGUUUGUGGUUCCGUUUCGGACGCAGCAGGAGCAACCAGGUGGAGGGGGGGGCGCCAGUCCGCUGCUGCAGCAGGCCACACGGGCCAACCCGUUUGCUCUGCCCAAGACGUACCUCAUUGCGCUGCAGCACAAGACCAAGACGGUGGAGAGUCUGAGGCAGACGCUCAAGACGGCAGUGCUGGACGAGGGGAGGAAGAGGGAGCUGACCAACGUCAUCCAGGCGCACUUCAAGGAGUGGCUCCUCACGAUCUCCUUCCAGACCGGACUCAGCAGCCAGACUUCCUCUUCCAGUAACCAAACUAGAGGAAAAAUGGCCGCCGUCACCAUGGCUGCUGUUGGCCUGGGUGCUCCCCUUGUUGCACCCAAGAACCUGUCCUCCAAGGCGUCUUUCUCCACCACCAAGGCGUCGUGCUUCGUGAAGCAGGUGUCUGCCAAGACCGUCUGCUCCGCGGAGAAGGAGGAGAACGUUACCGAGCAGGCUGGCAAGAUCGCCUCUGCCCUCGCCCUUGCUGCCAUCGUCAGCACCGGUGCCUUGGCCGUUCCCGAGGUCGCACUCGCCGAUGUCGCUGGCCUUACCCCCUGCAAGGACUCCAAGGCCUUCGCUAAGCGCCAGAAGAACUCCAUCAAGAAGCUGAAGAACCGCCUCAAGCUCUACAAGGACGGCUCUGCCCCCGCUCUGGCUCUCAAGGCCACCAUUGAGAGGACCGAGCGCCGGUUCUCUUUCUACGGCAAGUCCGGUCUGCUGUGCGGCACCGACGGUCUUCCCCACCUGAUCGUCGAUGGUGACUUCAGGCACGCGGGCGAGUUCGUGUCCCCCGGCAUCGUCUUCCUGUACAUUGCUGGCUGGAUCGGAUGGGUCGGCCGCUCUUACCUGAUCAAGACCAAGGAGGGAGCCAAGCCCACCGAGAAGGAGAUCAUCAUCGAUGUUCCCCUCGCUCUGAGCCUGCUCGGCCGCGGUGCUACCUGGCCCGUGGCUGCCUGGUCCGAGUACAGGAAGGGUGACCUGAUUGUGUCCGCUGACCAGAUCACCGUGUCCCCCCGUUAA